AUGGAGCGGGUAUACGAAGAGGUAUCACGCCGGAAAUCUCAAGUGAUUGCAGCCCCCGCAGCUCCGCGUGGAUCCUCCGAGACGGACAGUAGUGCCACGCCACCGUCGGAUACAGCUCUCCCAAAGACCGCAACCGAGAAUGAAGGACUUCGCUGCACCCAUCACGCUCAAAAUGAGGCUGACAGGAAACGACCUCGAGGAGGCAAGAAGCGGGUGGGUUUUGCUACAGCUGAGUCUGGAUCAUCGUCCAAAAGAAGACGACGAAGACGCGAGAAGGCCAGUCGAAAAUCCAGUAAUGACGACGAUAAAGGAGCGACGCUUUUGGAUGUGGACGACGCUACUGUUCAGUAUAUCGACGCUGUAUUGGUGAAUCCAGACCCACAAGUGUUUAACAAGUACACGAGGUUUUUCUUGGACCCGAAGCUGGAGACGUUGUACCAAGAUUUCACUGCCAUCUACUGGUUUGGACGUGCGCGCUGGCAUGUGGCUCUGUGGAUGGCUGUGCAUUUGUUCGUCAACCUCGUCUUCUACGCACUCCCGAGCUCCGGUUUUACUGGAAUGGAACAGUUCGUUCUCUCGUACGAUUCGUUGCCCACAAUUUUCCAGUGGAUCUACAUCCCCAUCGCUCUACCGUUUGCUGCUCUACCGAACAAGUACAACCCGUUCCAGACACGGUGGCGCAGCUGGGUGUGUCUUAUUAUCAUCUUCUUUAACCUGACAUUCCAGGUAUGGCUGGCCGACGCCAGUCGUCUAGCUAUCAACAACUACGCUAUUGUCGUCGAUGACUAUCUAUCAUGUGAAGCCUCGAGUCCAGAACUCACGUCUACGUUUGCUGGGCUGAAUAGCAGCUUAAGUGACAGUGGAGACUUGAGCAAUGCUACAAUCAAUAACGCACUGGCAUAUCUGGACGACCAGCAGACGAAUCUGGCCAUCAGUGUGACCCACAUGUGCUCCGAUGCACUGGUCCAGACACUCGUGAGCUUCGCGUCGCUAUUCAGUUUCCUGUUCGUGAUUUCUAUCCGUCUGGAAUUCGUUCAAGUCGUCGUUGUGGGCGUCACUGGCGCUGCUAUCUACGCCAUCGUAGUGACUGCCUUUGGUCUUCAGUUACAGUGGCUUAUCACGUUCACGUACGGCAUGGCGGUCGUGCUGUUGCUCAUUUUAUCGUACUCAACAGACCGUACUAACCGCAGAUCCUUUCUGUCGAAUUUCUUGGUGGAAAAGGAGAACGAGAAUCUUAAAUCGUCACUUAAACAAGCGGAAGCUGCGCUACAGAACGACGCUGCUCAUGCCGAUGAAGAGCGUGCAGUGGCGCGUGUGUUAGCCGCGCCAGAGAUGCGUCACCUCGAGAUGGUCCACAUCCCCUUCGCCGACCUCACUUUCCUACAGGCUAUCGGUCGUGGGUCCAUGGGCGACGUCAUCAAGGCGAGAUACUUCGGCACCGUUGUUGUCUGUAAGCGUAUGCGUCGAGAACACAUCGUCGAGUCUACUGGUAGUCACAACCGCAAUGGGAACAGAUACGCGUCUAACGGGGACAGCGCCUUGGCGAGUUUCCGAGACGAGAUCGAGCUCAUGUCGUGCUUACGUCAUCCGAAUAUCGUGCAGUUUAUCGGUGCGAGUUGGGACAACGCGUCGAAUUUGUGUAUUGUGAUGGAGUAUCUGGAGAAUGGCGAUAUGCACAGUGUGCUGCACUCAGGACUGGGCAAGAACUUCACGUGGGCGGAUCCGUUGUUAAAGAUGGCGGUGGAUGCUGUACAGGGAAUGCUCUAUCUUCACUCGCAGGAACGUCCGGUCGUGCAUCGAGACCUGAAAAGCGUCAACAUUCUGUGUUCCGCUACAUUCGGCUGCAAAGUGGGCGACUUUGGGCUCAGUCGCAGAUACAAAAAGGAUGUCGACGCCCUCACGACGCUUGUUGGUACUCCGUUCUGGCUCGCUCCGGAGAUUAUCCGCAGUGAGCGAUAUGGACCCGAAGCCGACGUCUACUCGUUCGGCAUUGUACUUACGGAACUUGAAACGCGACGUACUCCGUAUCAUGAUUUGGAGCAGACCGGAUUGAAAGUACUGAUGCGUGUGGCGCACAAAGGGUUGCGACCGUCGUUGCCCUUUAGUUGUCUGUCUGAACGACGGAAACUUAUCGAAGAUUGCCUUCGUGAUACGCCCGCACAUCGACCAACAUUCGCUCAAGUUUUGUCGCGCUUACAAGGUCCUGUACUUCUUGAGAUCGAGGGCCACGUUGCAGCGCAACCUGAACUUGAACGACGUGUGUUACUUCGUCGAUAUCAAGAACGUCGGAGUCUCUAA